GUGUCAGGGUGAGGCUCUGGGUGCGCUUGUUUCCGAGGGUUCAGCCACUACACAGGGACCAGGAGGCCAAGGCUCGAGAGGAGGGACAGGUCCGACGGCGCCAUGGACUACCAACAGAAACUGGCUGAAAAACUCACCAUCCUCAACGAGAGGGGGAGCGGGGUGCUGAUACGGAUGAACUACAUCAAGAAGGUGAGGGAGAGAACAGCGGCAAACAGAAACUGCAAAUAAGGAACUUGGCUGUCAUAUGCUUGGUCUUAAAAUUUCCACUAACAAACAUUUUAAACACUUAACUGAGAGGGAUUUGGGCAUUAAAUGAUCUACACAGAGAUAUUGACUUGUACAUAUGAACUUAUAUAUAACUUAAACUUUAGAGACUUGUACUGGAGGACACAAACGACCAAAAGAAAGCUACUGAUGCUUUUAGAGUCAAGAGAUGCUCCAAGAGCUUCAAGUCAAACUGCAGUGAUAAAAUAACAUUACAUAAUAGUAACAAUGUACUUGUUUAUAGUUUAUCAAGUGUUAAUUGUCUGCACAGGCCUUAGCAGACUGUUCAGUACUGUUGGAUGACUGCAACAAAGCUUGUUUUAGCAAAAAGGAAGUGCAAACAGGAAGUCAGUCUGAGCUGUCAGUCAACUCCAACUUCAGUUAUUCUGAGCUUAAUGCUGCAAGAGCCACGCAACAGAACUGAAACAGACCGGUUAAAAACAAGAAGGUAUGGGAUUAAGUGGUAUGAGGUGACAGGGAGGGUGAUUUGUGAUUUACUUUGACAACUCAAGACAAAAAAAGAUGAGCUCAUCCUUACUCAAUGGCACAAAAAGUUUAUGAAAAAGCAAAUUUUUCCUGCCUCUACAUUAGGAAGUCAGGGAGUUUUUUCUGUAACAACACAUUAGCAUAACAGUUAUACUUCAGGCUAUCAACCCUGAGGAUGUGGAAGACAAAAAGCCUCUGCAUUGUGUCUUUAGCCCACUUACUGAGUGAACACAGCUUCUGUGAGGUGAUCUGAAUUUGCUCCUGUGGUGAUGUAAUGACAGGAAUGAUGUGCAGAGGUAAACAUGCAAAACCAAUCCCAUUUCCACUCUGCCUCUAAUUCCACAUCUUCCCACACUUAUUGUGGUUUCACUUUUGGAUGCAGAGUCAAGAUCAGGGUUUCUACACAGUUGGAAUUUCCAUACUUCUCCAUACUCUACUUUUUAGAAUUAUUUUUGGAAAUACCUACUUUUCUAGGUUCUAAGAAGAGAGUAUUUUAUAACUCUGGUAAUAUAGUCGGUUAACAUAUAUUUUUUUUCCAUACUCCAUACUUUCAUACUUGCGUAGGAACCCUGCAAGAUGUCAAAGGUUUGAGCUAGAUACAUCAAUUUCUCUGUUGUUGGUUGAAAAAUACUACACAAAUGUUGUGUUAUAUUCUAUUCCCGCACCAAAGAAUCAAAGAAUACACUUUUUUUUUGGAAAAACAAUAUACCUGCCACAGUCGGUGCUAAUUUGGUUGUUUCCAGACAACUUCGACUUGGAUUGCUUCAACAACAACUUUUAAGUUAUACUCAAAAGGAAAGAAAACAAUUCAGGUUUAUGUGGUUAUAAUUACUGCUGCAAUUGUCCAACAGUUGCCUCCUGGAGCACUCGCCAAGUUGGUUUUGGUGUUUCUCUGACCCUUAGAUGACAAUCAAGCAGACAAUCAGAACUCACUAUUAUGGCCUUCCUGCCCAAACAGAUCACUGCACAGAUAGAACAUAUCAUCAUAAAGGACCUUUAAAUCACAACAUUUCAACCACUGACACCUAUCACCUGACAGCCAUUCACUAUUUUGACAACUUCCUUGACACGCGAGAGGUGAAACUCUUGUCAUGAGAAAAAGUCUUGAGUUCUGUAAAUAUGCUAGGCUUGCUUUAAUCCUAUUUGAGCAUGUGUGUGCACUUUUUAUAUCUGCAUGUAUUGGAAGAAGUGAAAGGAUAAUCUUAUUUUCAGCCUUUUUAGAGCCUUGCCCAGUGAAAAUCUGCUGAGCACAGACGCUUUUUAAUUCAUUUCUGCAGUCAGAUUUGACAGUCAGGGGCGGCUGCAGAGUUUUCUGCUGUCAGCCGGUAAACAGCCUCGUAGGAGCUGCUCAGUUAACUAUCCUGCUCAAGGUCACUCUGAGGAUGGGUGGGUGCUGAGGGAGAUGGAGAAAGCAUUAAUACCCACUCUGCCCACAAUUUUCCCAGCAUGUCUGGGGGAUAGUGACUUUCUUCUGACAAGCUUAUUUUCAAACACUGGGCUGGAUGCCACUCAGAUUCUGAGGGAAAAAUUAGAAAUAAAUCCUAUCAAGACAACCCACAGAGCAUGAUGGCAGCUAGAAAUGUAUUAAAUAUUGAGGAUUAAGCUGCCAAAACUGAUCAAAUCUCAGUCUCACAUCUGUAUCAUUUCCUUUUUCCAUGUCACAGAGCUGUGCAGACCCUAAAAAAAGACCAACCAUCCUGACAGACAAAGCCAUGGAGCCCGCCAUCAAGUACAUCAACAAGAAAUUCCCCAACAUCGACUUCAGAGGGAACAUUGUGAGUACGGCUGCAGCCCUGAAAAACGAUCGAUUUGUCCACAGGUUGCUCUACACACAAAGACAUGCUUGCACUUUCCACAUUUUAUUGUGAUCAUGAAAUCAAUAUUUGGAAGCUUGUUUGUUGUAAGUCAGAACUGUGUUUUACAUAUUAUAUGUAAAUAAAGGUCACACAAAAAUCGUGGCAUUUAGCUGAGGUGAUAAAAUACCAGAGACAUACAGCAACAAUCUUCUGACCUCAGGAAAGCAAAUGAAGUCUGCUGGCCCUCAGUAGAAACAGUAAAUCAUAAAUAUGAAUCCUCUCUCGUGUCUCGGCUAUUGUAGUAAUGGCCUGUCAUUCCUCUGGGCCGAAUUGGACCGAAUUACUAUUUUGGAAAACCUGUCAUUGUCGCUUACUUUUUGUGUUUUCAAUGCCAGAACUCUGGAGGUGUUGCUUUCUGUAUGGAUGUCAUUCUGUGUCAAUCCAAACUUCUCCUCAUUUCAGUAUAUUGCAUUUAUUAUGGAUAUCUUAAAUCUGGAGUUGUGUAUCUAAGCAUGUGAACUCUGCAGAGAUUAUUUACGAAGCAUUGGCAUUAUCAUAAUUCCUGCUCUGGUUAUCAGAAUCAUACAGUAAAUCAACAACCUUAAUUCUGAAAGAGUUUGAAUGCUGCUUAAGUGUUCAUAAAAAAUGAAUUUGCAGAGUCAUUUAAACUCUAUGACUAGUUUGAAAUAUGAACAAAAAUGAUGGAACUGAAAUAUGAAAGUUUGUUUUAAAAUUUAAGCAACCAACACAUUUGAAAACAUUAGGAACAGGGGUAUGUUUACCACUGUGUUGCAUCACCUUUUCUGUUAACAAGACUCUGUAAAUGUUUGGGAACCAAGGAGACCAGUUUUUUGGUUUUAAAAGUGAAAUAUUGUCCCAUUCUUGCCUGUUAUGGGACUUCAGCUGCUCAACAGCCCAGGGUCUCCUUUGUUGUAUUUUGUGUUUUAUGACACACCAAAUGUUUUCAACAGGGGCAGGCCAGUGUACGAGCGAACUCUCUUAUUACUGCAGAGCCGUGCUGUGGUUGUAUUUGCAAAAUGUAGUUUGGCAUUUUCUCUCUGGGAUGUGGAGAGACAAUACUGAAAAAGGUUUUAUUCUUGUGGCAGAUUAUGUUGCUCUAAAAUCUGUAUAUUGUUUAGGAUUAAUGGCACCAGAAAACUAAACAUUCUUAUGGCACUUAAUUUUAUCAUCAAACCAGAGUAUUUCAAUUUAGUCUCUAAAUCAUGUGUAUGUAGGCGUCCUGAUACGAUAUUGAUAUCAGAUAUCGGUCCGAUAUCAGCAAUAAAACAAAUGUCGGAUUAUAUUGGCGUGCAUCUAAAAUUUCCGAUAUCAGCACUCCCGAUACAAGCAGUCCAUUCCAGACUCCACCCCAGCACCUCUGUUUAGCAGCACCCUGAUCCAGUAAGCUGAGCCCACAAAAUCACAACAACAGUGUGAACUAAGGUACUAACAAAGUAGCGAGAACUAAGAGUGAUGUCGGCCUUGUGGCAGUGUCUGAAAAAGACAUUGCAGCUGAGUGAAAAACUUGUUAUGCACAAUCUGUGCCAAUAUCAGAUCAAUAUAAGUAUUGGUCAAUAUUGAAGGCCACAAUAUCUGUAUUGUAUUGGAAGUCAAAAAGUUGUAUCCGGACACUCCUAUGUGUAGGUAUGUUUCUUUCUUUGUGAACAUGCAGUCCUAGGCGCAGUGACAAGUUGUUUUAGGAGACAAUGGCUUUUGAAGAGGAAUUUGAGUCCAUGUGUUGAUUUCCACUAGUACAGAGUCAUGCAUGUUUUGUCUUUAUUACAGUGUUGUCUAAGGGCCUGAAACUCAUGGCUGUCUGGUAUUGGUUUCCUGCUUGUUCCUGUUGUAGAAAGAUUUCUUCAGAGGUUCUGAAUCUUUAUGGAGAUGUAAUACAAAAGCAAUGCCUUACUGGAGGGCAUGUUGUUAUAUCAAAUAUCUGCCCAGCUGUGGCUGUUCUCCUGCUUAACACGACCAAAUCCCUGCACUGCCUUGUAUAAUAAUCAACAUAGUGUCUCUCCCUGCUUAGUUAUUGCUUGAAUAUCAUGUCUAAUGAUAUCAGAGAAGUCUUGAUGAAUUCUCCUUUCUUCUUUUAUUGCAGCAAAAUCUGACCAACAUUCAGCGGCAGAAAUCUGAAGUCUUGGCCGCCACAUCCAGCUACUAUGAUUCUUUCCUGGAUGUCAUUGAAUUCAGGGUAAUUUUUCUCUAUUUUCUUUUCUUUUUUUAAAUAUAUAUCUAUGUUUUUUUUCCAGCAAAUUUCUCAGGGUCCACAUCGACAAAAACAAAGAAAUGCAAAAGCAGUUAAUAAAAAAAAUCCACACAAAGUAAUCAUUGAACCAUUAAAAUUGAAAACAAAAACACUAUUUAACAAAUUUAACAUGAAAAAAAACAAUAAAAGAUGGUGGGAAUAGUGUUUGGAAUAUUAUUUUUCUUUAUUUCUCCCUGUUUGCCUCUGCACAGGUAUUAUUUUAGAUAUUUCCAGUUACAGAGUCAAUUUACAUAUAGAGUGGUUUAUCCUGAUACACAAAAAAUAACUGAUUUAUUUCAUUUCUUUCACUUUGGUUUGCUGCGGUUUUUCAUCACUUUUGCAUAUUUCUGUGAUGCAGUUCAACUUCAUCAUCUGCAUUUGUUAAAUUGAGAAUAACUCAAUCCUGAUGUCCUAUAAAUAUGCAAAUGAGUGGUGAUUAUAGAGCAACAGGACUUGAAAUGAUGAUGUGAUUUAGGAAUCACAUUAGAGGAUGAACCCGAAUUGACUGUCUUUUUGUCUGUUUAGUAAUCUAUUUCUUCUUUUCAUUUUUAUACAGGAUCAUGUUUAUGAGCUACUCAACACCAUCGACGCCUGUCAGUGUUUCUUUGAUAUUGUGAGUACAACAUGUGGCUGACUUUAUUCACCUCAUCUGUUCACAGUUUGACUCGUCUGUCUUAUAUUUGUAAUUUGUUCUGUGGCUACUUUUAAUAUUACGCCUUCCUGCUACAUACAGGUUGUGUAACCCCAGCCUCCUUUUGUUUCGUUUGUCGGUUUAUUAUUAUCAUAAUUAAACUGACACCCCUUGUCUAUUGCAUUAUGUAUAUUCUCCUGUAUAUUUCAGUGACUCCUGUCUCCUGUGAUCUGAUCUGCACUGAUCACUGUGGGCACUUUUUGCUUCUCAUACUUAGAUUUAUUUCAGGAGCAUCUCUCAGCACAGGGCCUCUUUUUUUCAGAGUUAUUACUGAGUCAAAACACAUUUGGCGUUCACCUUUGAGACUGUUUAAAGGAUCUGGAAGGUAUUCAUGCUCGGAAAACAGCUUCAGUGCACUCUGGAGAGUGUGAAGUAGCUUGGAAUAAUAAAUAAGUAUUUGAAAGAGCCAAGGGCAGUAUUUCCAUUUUUAAUCUACUAUUAUCACUCUGCUUUCUUAAUUACAGUGGCCGAGAACCGCCACUGCUGCAAAUAAAAAAGAAUGCAAAAAAAAAAAGAAGCCACAACGGAAGUUACCGAUGAUAAAAAAAAUAAAAGAAACCGAGGCCACUAAAAUGAAAAUAGAAACGGUGCAGAUUUGUUUUAAAAAGCCACAACGGAAUUAAACGACGUGUAAAAAAAGUGUCUAUGCAAAAAAAAGGAAAAGUUACUUACUGCAAAAAUAAAAGGAUGCAAAGAAAAAAAGCCACAACAAAACUGAGCUGCCAGGGACCAAAAACGAGGGGUCUCCGUAUUUAUUUCUAUGAGUAAAGCAACCAAACUGUAAAGCUACCAAACUUGAUCCUCCUAUAGUGGGUGGUCUUUUGGGGCGUAGUGGGUUUCCCGGUGUAAAGUUAGCCGAAGCGAACUUCAUAUUGACUCAGGCGCAACAUGGACUAACCACAUGACACAUUAAAAAGUUCACAAAGCAAAAUUACGCAAUAACCUUUCCACUAACUUCUUUGCUUGUCUUCUUACCAUCGUCCUCUGUGACUAGAUCGUAAAACACCAGUGCAUCAUCAUUAUUGGUCCUCAGCAGCUCAUUUCCAUUGUGGCUUUUUUUAUUUGCAUCCUUUUAUUUUCGAAGUAAGUAACUUUUUUUUUUUUUUUUACAACGUUGCUUUUUUUGCGUCAUCAGCUUCCAUUGAGGCUUUUUUUUUAUCUGCACCAUUUCUUUCUUUAUUUGCAGCGGGCUUCAGUUUCUUUUUUUUUUUUUUUUGCAUCAGUAACUUCAAUUGUGACUUUUUUUUUGCAUUCUUUUUAAUUUGCAGCAGUGGCAGUUCUCAGCCACCAUACUUAAUCACCCAGCUGUGUAAAAUGCUCUUGAUCCCUAUUGCUCAAACUAUGGCAAAGAUGAUGCCUCAUGUCCAGACCAGACAACACAAACAGUCACUAUGUCAGAAUGCUAAAACCGGGCCCGGACAUCACGACCCACAAGAGGACGUCAGAAAUAAGGACAGGGCUGGACACGUUAGGCCUACUCACCUGGUUGCUUUGAUGCGUCUUCUUGUUUCUCCAUGAUGUCUCUCCUUUUUAUGGUCUUUUCUUGAUGGCACUCAUAGAGACAGAGAUGUUGUCGCCAGAUCUGACAAAACUUCUCCUCUGUCUCUCAGUUCCACCUGGUAGCACCACCGUAGCCUCGCCAUUUGGUUUGUGUAUGCUCGUAACUUUAGCGCGUGUGGAGAACUCUCAUUUGCUCUCAUUUGACAAUAUCACUGUCGCGAGGGGGACGAAUGUAAAGAGCAGAGACACUACACGAGCAACAUUUUCUGUCUGGAGAUCGCGAGACAUUGCAGACUUGUCCGAAACUGUGUCCUUAUCCAGGGUCUGUAGCCUCGGGCCUUAUAGCCCGAGUAAACCGCCAACGCCGAGCUGAGUGAAGGGUUGCUUGGUUAUGUCACUGCGUAGAUUGCAUCAGGUAGCGUCGCUCCUGAGCUCAGCAACAGGUAACAGUUGGCUAAGUUAGUGUUGUGAGCUUCAUAUAACUUGGACAACAGCAUUUCAAAGGUAAUUUUACAUGUCAGUGCGCCUGUCUGUUGUAACCAUAGACUGUAUAUACAGUGGACAACUUGGUUCCGCUUUCCGCCAGUAUACAGAUUUGAAGCCGUUAAGCUCUCGGUAAUUCCGCGUUUUUUCUCCAUUUCCUGAAACCAACAUUGCGCAGUAGCGUUGCACGCAUACGGCGGGAGAGUCGCCGGGUGAGCUACACAAUCUAAACCAAAAUAAUUAUGAUAGCUGUUGAGCAAUAUACAGUUAGACCUCUGUUAGCUGGCUUGUCUAAACUUGGCCUAAAUUUAGGCGUCUAAAAAACUUGUAGCCUGAUUUUAGACCAGUCAUCUACGCUACAUUUAGACGUCUAUUAGACCUCUUUUAGACCAUAACAUGCUAAGUGGGUUCUUAGUAAGGAUUAGUGAUAGAAAUGACUUUUUCAUGAUGCUCUUAAAAAUGUCUUUUAUACUCCACUUCUUCCAUAUUAAGACCUAUUGAGGUAUCUUUAAGGUUUUUUAAGAGGUUGCCUGGCUAGUCUAUUUCUGAAUUAGUGACAACAAUGACAUUUUCAUUUCAGCAAAUCAACUUUGACUUCACCAAGAGCUACUUGGACCUGAUCAUCACCUAUACAUCUGUUAUCAUCACACUCUCCCGCAUCGAUGAUAAAAAGGCGUUGGUGGGCAUGUUUAACUGUGCCCAUGAGAUGACCAAUGGCAGCAGGUAAGAACGCACUCAAAUGAUAUCAUUGUUGUGAAAGACUGAUUUAAUAGUUAGACAUGCUUUUCAUUCUCAAACUAAGACAGCAUCCUGACUCCAUGAUUCAUGUGCUUCACCUAAGUGCAGUGAUUAAUGCCGUUAAAGAGUUUUCAUAUCCAUCAAUGCCAUCAUUUUUCUGCCCUCCAUAAUAAAUCAGAUUUUUCAUUGACACAGACAUCAACAGCUCAGCACUAACCUGUCCCAGGUCUCAAGUGGUUUUCUGACAUUUUGAGUCCGCCCACUCGGCAUAUUUAUUCAUGCACCCCACAAAAACAGGAUACUAAUCUCCAUUGAGACUUGAGCAGGCAGCAAAAACACAUGCAUUUUAAUGUCACGUUUGAGUCACACACACACACAGCUAACCUUUAGAGAGGAAGCAGUCGCGCCGUUUAGUAUUUAAGUCUCUCGAAUAUAAAGUAUAGCUGCAUCAUUUCAUUUAUGAAGACUGAAUCCUUUUCCAGGAAAAUCCUUGCAUGUACUUCUAAACACAACGACCCACUUCUUGUCCGUCCUCUUCUCUCUGCAUUGAUUAAUUGCGCACUUUGCCGAAUCCUGCAGUGACCCCUCCUACCCACGGCUUGGCCAGAUGUUUGUGGAGUAUGAGCAUCCGUGGAAAAAGCUCACAGAGGAGUUUGGUCCACACACAAAGGUGAGCUACAGACUGUUCACAAUAUCAACAAAGUCUUAUUGACAUCACAUAUGAGUUCAUUUGCAGCCCUCGUCUCUGAUUAGUCCUUCAAAAUUAAAACAAUGGAAAUAGUGCAGCCAUUAAAAACAUACAUUUAAACCAUGUUUGCAGUAAAAUGCAGGACUUCAGUAAACAUGGAGACCAGCAUACAUAGAGACAAAAAAGAGCUUCAAACCCAUUAUCAUUCUUCUGCAGCCUCCUCCUCUUCCUCUUGUAAGGCUGACCAUUUAAUUUCAAAACCUGACUGAAGAGCUUUGCUCUUAUUCAGCCGCAUCACCAUUAGCAUGCUUUUGUGUAACAUUUAAUAGCCUCCUGUUGAAAUACAGAAAUGUCUUUCCCCUCAACCAAAUGUUAGGAGGCGAAGCCACUGUUAAAGUACACACUAGUUUUUAGAGUAAAAAUGUAUCUGGAUGCGCAAUACAAAUGCUAAAUGAGACAAAACAACCUUACAUAUGUACUCAUUAUUCACAAUGCAAUGUAAAUCAUAUAAUUAGAAAAAAGACUAUUAGGAACAUAUUUACUUUUAAGACAGUCAUCCCAGUUUUUGGGAUCAUAAAAGAUUCAAAAACAAAAGUGGAAACAGUUAAACCCAGGGAUUGCUGUGAUUUAAUGGACUGUGUUUCUAUCUCUGCAUAUCCCCUCUAUUUUGCCUCAUCUUCUCCCUCUCUAUCUCUACCUCACUCUCUAUUUUUUCUCCUCCCUCUCAGUCUGUGACGGCGGCGCUGCUGUCUUUGAGGAUGGUGUACCCACGCAGGAACCUGCCAGCAGAGCAGUGGCGGAGCGCCCAGCUCCUCAGCCUGCUGAGUGCUCCAGCUGCCAUGCUGGACCCGAUGUGCUGCAAUACUGUGAGUGCCCACCCUCAGUCACUCCUCAUCCUGUAUUUAUCUCUGGCAUGGAAAGAAAGAGAAAGGAAGUGGUUGUAGAGUCUUAAACAUUGGUUUUGUGGCAAUAUGAGGAGCUGAAAAGGGGACUUGUCUCUCAGCCAAAGAUGCGGUAACAUGACAUCUGUUGUGUUGGAGGUCAGAGAUGGUAUACUUUGGUAGCCAGUUUCCCAUUUUUCUUGUCAUCCCAUCAAAGAACUAUUAUUAAGAGGAUGGUUUAUUAUAACCUUCUACUCCUCCAACUUCCAAUUCUACCCUUCUCCAGUUUUUUUGCACAGUUCUGCCUCCUAUAAACCUCUCUGCUGUCUCUGAACAUGGCUCUCUGUGAAAUCAUGAAUAAAAUCUAUAACUCGGCCAAAAAACAUACAACUUUUGUUUUUCUCAGCGAAAGACAGCUAAAAUUUUAAAGCAAUUAAGUUAACACUCAUUUGCAAGAGAAAAUCAACAUUGAGUUUUAAAACCAGAAACUCUGUGAAGCACAUUUCGGUUGCAACUUUUAUUUUUUCAUGCAGAGAAGCCACCAUCAGAUAUUUUUGGACUAAUUUUUCUACCCAUUAAAAAAUGUAUGAUUUUAUUUUAUACAAAACAAACAAGAAUUAAAAACAGACAAAGCACAUACGUUUUCUUGCCAUUGCUUUUUUUUCAUUAACAAGUAGUGAGCAGCUAUUAACCCAAAUACCAGUGUUAUUUAAAAUAAUUAAACCAAAAUAGGACCUUUUACAUAAUUAGGAACUCCAUAACCCAACAUCUUACUCUGACUUAGAUUUGCUGUAUUUCUGCCCAUAACGUCUCUACUUUUGGACAGAAAAAUGAGAGCAUGAUUGUUCACACUAUUUAACAAAAAGAAAACAGCAGUUAAGAGGCUUUCUAGAUUUUGCUCAUUAUAAGUGUGAAUAAGUGUAAGUGCUGUUCUGUAUUGUAGAUGUUUGUCUUUUAAUAAGCUCAUUGUUCACCGCAGAUGGCUUGUGAAUACCUGCCCAUGGAUGUGAUGGAGCGCUGGAUAACUAGUAAGUUACACAUUUUAAAUGAAGCAGAUACACUACAACCAGUGUUGCCGCAAUUACUUUGAAAAAGUAGUUUGAUUACUGAUUACAGAUCACUCCUUUAAAAAGUAACCUAGUUACUUCACCAAUGACUUGAUUUUAAAAGUAACUAAGUGAGAUAAUAAGUUACUUUUGAAGUUACAUGUAGCAGCCUCAACAUAUAAAUAUCAACCAUUUUAACCACAUUAAUAUUGUUAUCUUUAGCUGAUACAAAAGUCAAAAUAGUGGCUGUAUUUCCAGCCUGAGAACGCGCAUCUCUCUCCUCCCUUCAUUGUCGUUUAUGUUCGUUUUGCCGUGGUUGCUUUAUAUGUGUGCGCAUGUAUUACACAUGAGUGGUCCUCGUGCUGAAAACAAGACUUGUCACCUACGUGACUGACGUCACUCCCCCGAGACGAAAACAAAUCUAUCUUUUUUUUUUAAGGAAAAUGAGAAAAAAGUAGCGCACACAGUGACUUGGACAUGUAACUGAAAUCUAAUUACCGGUUUGGAAAUAGCAUCGUGUUAAUCAUUACUGAAAAAAGUGGACUUAUUAGAGAAGCGCGCUACUAAGUAACAUGUUUCUGGCAUCACCGACUACAACAGUGUUUGAAUAUUCUGUAAGUUUAUGCAGCUUUACUUUUGUAGCUUAAUCACACUUCUGACAAACUGACAUGUUUCAACCAUAUAGAAAUGCAAACUUACAGGGUAUGAAUUUAAAGCAAGGUUCGGCGACUCAUAUUAAAGAAAACUGAGUGGGAUUUACCUCAUGUGCAUUGAUGAAAAAGUCAAUCUUUGCAUGCAGAACAUCUCCUAUAGUAGGAGAAAUCUGCUGCAGCUGUAACCUUUAUUUCACACUCAAUAGUAAUGAUCUGAAAGCUACAGUAAGGCGCUGUAAUUUGCCUUGAUUGGCUGAUCCUCGUGGCUCUGAUCUCUUUUCUGAUCUUAUCCAGCACAAAUAUUCUUCUCACUGUCAAAUCUAUCACUUUACUGUGAAUCUUUGUUGUGGAAAUCAUGAAGAAAGGCUGUUUCUGCAGCAUCUGACACCAGCCUGAAGGCAUCAGAAGGCAUGUGUUAAAACAACUUUACAGAGAAAGUCAUUUUCCUCCCAGAUGGUCUUGUUUUCUGUUGUCUUAUCGAAGCAUCAGCAAUUAAUAUCUGUCUGUUUCACAACUGGCCAAAUGAAAAUACAGCAUUUUUAAAGGUGGCACAGCUGGUUUCGCUCUUUUAACUCAGUGAAACUUGUAUUAUGUUUGAUAAAGUCUUUGUACCCUAAAUGUACUUGCCUGUGCUCCUUACAGUUGGCUUCCUGUUGUGCCACAGCAGCCUGAACACAAACCAGGCCUCCCAGGAGCUUUGGAAGAUGGCCCUGCGGAGCGGCCUCUACAUCACCCUCACUAGAGAUGAAGUACUCAACAUACACAAAGUCUCUGAGGACCUCUUUGACGGCUUCAAAGGGUAUGUGAGCUGCUCUGCUGCAGUGUACUUUCAGUGCACUGCUGAGAAAGAGGAAUAGUUUGAGGUGAUGAAUAAAAAUUUAAAGAGCCAGAUUACAGAUAAAGCACCCUCAUGUUUCAGACAUUUAAUAAAUGAGAACUGAAAAAAAUACCAUCCUCAUUUCUCUUUAAUUAAGACGUCCUGAACUGUAGAGGACCUCUCGACUGGUCUCUGUGAUUGCUCAUGUAUUCUGCAUAAAAGUAGCCGUGCCGAGCCUUCAUCUGCAGCUCCAACCGCAUGAUACUUCACAGAUACAUAACAAUUAAGAUAUUAGUUGGAGCUGGAAUUACUCUAUCUGAUUACUACAUGGAAAACUUAAAGUGCAAAAUAUGUCUACUAGACAACUACCAGAUAAGGAAUCUGCAUCAUAAAUCCUUGCAGCCCAAAGUUGGGUGGGUGAAGGACCAAAAAACAUGAAAUUAAGGUAGAAAAAAGGUUGCAAUGCCAGAACGAGCUCCAAUGCAAAAAAGAUUUAUUGAAGUUGCAUGACGUUUCGGGCAAGCAGGCUCUAAUCCUAACCCUAUAACAUCUGAGAAAGAGCCUGCUUGCUCGAAACAUCAUGUAAUUUAAAUAAAUCUUUUUGCAUCGGAGCUCGCUCUGGUGUUGCAGACUUUUUUCCUACCUCCAUCGAGAUUAAAAACCUCUUUUCGAAGGAGUCCUGGCCAAGAGGCAGCAAAAAGUUACAGUUUCAGCAAUGACAUACAAAUUAGAUAAAACAGUUACAGGUCAAGGAAGCUGUCUCAAGUGCUCUCAGUCUGGAUUUGAAGUCAUUCAAUGAGAUAAGUUCCAUUAGUUUCAGGUUCUUUUGCAACAGGUUCCAUGUAGAAGGGGUAGAGAAGACAAAAACCCUUUUACCCAGCUUAAAUGGAGCAGUGAGCAACAAAUUAUUGUGUGAUAAAGUUACAAAUGUAAGAGGGCAGUAGAUCAAGCAUGGCCUUGUGAAUAAAAGUCUACCAGUGAUUCAACCUCCCGGUGGACAAAGAAGGCCACCCCACUCGAGAAUACGGUUCACAAUGGUGGGUCAAGGCCCUACAAAACUACAACUUAGCUCUGUGUGUUGUAAGCUCCUGGCGUGUUUAACAUUUCUAAAAUUAUAAAUCUUUUACUGCUUGAGUUGUAGCUGAAGUUUGACUGUAGCAACUUUAGAGACUUUUGACAGCCGUGACAAGCGUAUCUUUCUAAUAAGCAGGAAGAGAAUUAGUGCUAGUCUGUACGAGACAAAUGUAACGCAUAAUUAGAGUAAUCUGUCCAGAUUUUUCUGCUUGUUAAAUGUCUUACUGCUCCUUUUAAUUGUUAAUGUUUUUCUUCAAAUUUAUCAGAUAUAACAAGCGCAUUGCAGACAUCAAGGAAUGUCGUGAGCAUAUGAUUGUCAACGGGUGAGACUGGCAGACGAUUUUUCAAAUUUUUACCCCUCACAUAUGAGGAAAAAAAAAAAAAAGCUCACUACAUUCGCUCUGAAAUGAGCUGUAAAAACCAUAUAUCUCUGACCUUUUCCCUGUGUUAUUACCAGAGGAGCUCUGCACAGAGAGCGCAGGCAGUUUCUAAGAGGAGCGCUGAAGGAAUUAUUCAACGUACUGGAGGAUGAACCAGGACUUCUGGGACCAAAGGUAGAGGGAAUGAGGAAUUUAUAUCAUUUCAUUACUCCAAGAUUUGACUCCAAUUGAAUUUCCAGUCAUGUGACUUAUGGAAAAAACGGUCCAUUUGAUGUCUCCGUCCUACCUCUAUGUUCAGCUCUUGCGUAUGUUUGUACAGCAGGGGGAGAAUUCCUUAGACUGACCCAUCGUUUCAUCAUGACUUUUACCAAUCUUAGCUCUGACUCCCUCCUGACAUUCCUCUGUCCUCUCUGUUCUGUGUGCCAAUCAAAUCCCACAGGCGCUGUAUGUCUUCAUGGCUCUGUCGUUUUCCCGUGACGAGGUCCUGUGGCUCGUCAGACACUCUGAGAAUAUGCCAAAGAUAAAGACGCCUGAGGAUUACAUUGACAAGUAGGUCAUAGGUGCACGCAGAGGGAGUAAGGCACUGCCACAUGGGUGCACAAAAAUCUGGCAGCAAUCAAGUUCUCCCUUCGCUGCAACUUCAGGAACAGAGUUAGAAAGUUAGAUUAUUUGUUCCUGUUGUAUCAGAGUGAAUAUUUUUAGGUUAAAUGGGCUUUUCUUGGUUUUUCAGUCAGAUGGCAGAGCUUCUGUUCCACAUGGAGAAGCUCAGAGGCCUGAUGAGAAAGUACAACCGGAUAGUCCAGCGCUACCAUGUCCAGUACCUGGCACAGUUUGAUGCUUUGGUUCUCAAUGACACCAUCCAGGUACCUGCAGAAAAUACCACAUUAAAAGGAUAUUCUGGUGUAUACUUAAGUUGUGGUCAAACACACCGUAACACUGAGUUAGACACCCCCUCGAGGGCUGAAUUUUGCCGACUGCUUGUUUCUCUAGUUACACCAACUUCAGCAAAGACCGCAGGAUAGCAAUACACAGAGGUCUGAGGAGCCUUAAACAAACCUCAACCAAAACACCCCUCUGUAGCCACAAAUAAUGCUCAGAACAACACAAACUUCAUCAAUAGGACACAGUGUGUGUCCCAGCCAUAGUACUAGCCAUCAAACAUCUUAGCAAACACAACUCACCCACUCUCCUCCUGUAGCCGCUUGUUUGUGAGGGGGCCUUGACGAGUCAAUCACCAAGUGCAGCGGAAAAUUUAUGAUUAUUACGUCAUGGAAAUGCAAUCGGACCAAGAUACUAAGGCAGAAGAGCUACCGCGUCUGCAGUGAAAAAUGAUUAUGAUGAUGAUUAUUACCUCAAGGAAAUGAUCCACUGCACUAGGUGAUCGACUCAUCAGGGCUCCCCCACAAACAAAAGGCUGCUGGAGGAGAGAAGGUAAGUUGUGUUUGGUCUCUUUGCUAAAGAAAUUAGACAAAGUUAAAAAGAUGUUUGGUGGCUAGUACUAUGGUGGGGACCUUAUAUGUACUGUUGAUGAAGUUAGGUGCUGUUCUGAGCAUUAUUUGUGGCUAUAGAGUGGCGUUUUGGUUGAGGUUUGCACUUGGAGACAUAGACCGCUGUGUAUUGCUAUCGUGCGGUCGUUGCUGAAGUUGGUAAAACUAAAGAAGCAAGCGGUCGGCAAUGUGUCUAACUUGAUGUUACAGUGUGUUUGUCCAUAACUUAAACGUACACUGGAAUAUCCUUUUAACUUCCAUAAGUGUAACAUAAAAAUCUGUGCAGAUCCAGACUUUAGAAACCUUUUUAUAAAACCUUUUCGCUCUCCUGCAGAACAUGUACGUUUGUCCAGAGGAGGAGUCUGUCCUGAUGAGCUCAUUCGUCUCCACUCUGUCUGCUCUGUCGGUCAAACAAGGUAAUCACAGCAAGUUAUGGCAGAAUAUCAAAGCCUGCGCUCACCUCUAAUAUAUCAUGAAAAUGCUGAUGGAACAAUUAUGCUUUCAAUUUUUCUUUGCAGUGGAAAACAAAGAGGAAUUCGAUCUCAGAGGACUGAGACUGGACUGGCUGAGACUGCAAGUUAGUAGAGCUUCUGCACCUGAAUCAUUACAGCUAAAUAUUUAGUUCUCAUGGCAGAUUUGAAAUGGAUUUUACCAUUAAGGUUUCCCUGUCUUCUGUUUUAGGCCUACACAAGCGUGAACAAAGCUCCUCUGCCAUUAAAAGACUAUCUUGAUUUAGCAAAGGUGAUGAAUGUGAUUCAGUUUCACACCAGGAUGGUAGACAACGUGGAGGAAAUGCUGCAGGAGACAUCUGAGCUGUCUAUACUGUUGUAGGUCUCCUCUCCUCUCCUCUCCUCUCCUCUUCUGUCCUCUCCUCUCCUCUCAGGUUUAUCUAUUUUCUGUUUCUUCUUCCAGCUCCUACCCACGAGUCUUUGAGAAGAUGUUCAUGCAGAGCAGCGAGGAGGUGAACAUGAAGCGUUACCUCAUGGCCUUCCCCGUCGUCUGCUCGCACUUCAGCGGGUGUGGUCAUCCUCUGUGCCCAGAAGAGGUCAGUGUUUGGUUAUUGGCUGACCAAACUUUUACUGUAAUCAGCAGAACAGUGAAUACACAAAUUACACUUCACACAAAGUUUACAAUCUGCUCUUUAUAGAUUAAAGUAAUCAUCUGUUUGUGUUUUCUUUAGUUACAUGCCAAAACUCUAAAUAAAUAAAAGAGAAUAGAAGGUAAAAGUGACAGACUGAUAACAAAAUGUAAUAGUCAACAUAUCCCUGGACAAAUUUCAUAAAAUAUAACAUGCUGACUAAACCUCCAUCGAUUAUUUCUUCUAUGUCUGGUGCAUGUAGGAGUCAGCCCUUACUCUCUGAACAGGUCCUUCAGAAAAGCGUUGAACCAACAGGGAUGGACAAAAGCACAUCUAUGAGAUUUAAAUUUGUCAAGUUGUAAUCUUAUUGGUCAGCCAUGUCAAAGACUUUAAGGAGCAGUCUGCAAUAAAAACAUAUAAAGCAUGUCCACAACAUUGUUUCUCAUUUGGACCAUGCUGUAAACAGGGAUAAAACGCUAUUACCAUCAAAGUUGAGAUACAGGAUCCCAAGUUUUAUUAAGGUCAGACUGAAACACUCUUUUGAAUACUGAUCAGUCCUAAAACUGAAUAUGGAGCUUAAUCUUGGAUCAGAAUUGUUGUUUGGUAGCUUGUCUUUUGCUGCUUUGACUCAGACUUUCUUUUUAUGGUCAUGUCUGUUCUUCCAUCAAUCAGUCUGGCAGAGAAAGUCAACUUUGUUUUUGUGCAUACUGUUUAUUAUGCAUUCCAUAAAACUGGUCCUUCUUCUAUAUAAACAUCACAAUCCUUUGCCAUUUAUUUUCUGUGACUUAUUUUGUUUGAACUUGAAGCAAAACAUACAUUUGUAAUAAUUCUUUCUUGAUAUCUAUCCCCAAAAUGACAGUGAAGUUUGUACCUCCAAUAUUUCUUCAUAAAUUAUUUAAAGAUUGGUGUUUUUUUCAACACUUCUUUGCAGCUUAAAGUCCCACUCCGAUCCUUUUUUUUUUUACUACUUAAAGUGUUCUCAGUGGUCUUUCAAUUGUGAUUUUGAAGUUUUUUGCCAAAAUCACAUUACCUGAGCUCCAGUAGCUCAUUAGAAAUUUGCCUCUGAAUCGUGGGCCGAGACAGGUCUGCUCUGCACACUCCUCUGAACGCUAGCUUGCAGCCUAACAUACCCGGUGUAGUGGAGAAGCAGGUAACAUUCAGCUCUUGGACACUAAUGUCUUUGGGGACAUGAUGAAAGUUAAUAUAUAAAUAUCUUUCUCAUUAACACUGAAAUCUGCCAACUCACACGCUUGUUCCGCAAUCGUCCUCUCUACUUCUCAGAGUCUGGCGUUCGUAGAGGGGCUCCGGGGGCGGAGCUUGGAUUUGUGAUGUAGGAAAUCUCACUGUAUCUGAGCCUGACGUUUGGGUUUGCCAGAAAAAUGCCAUAUGUACGUGUAGACAACAAGAAAACAUGAUUUUCACCUUUAAACAACAGGAAAGUGACAAUCAGGAACUUUAUAUUAGCUCUCUGUAAUGUUUUUAAGUUCUGACCUUCUGGCUGUAAAUAUAUUGACAGUAAACUUAAUGAAGCACAGGAAUUUAUAGGAGAAAAUUUGCCAUAUGGUUUACUUUCUAAGUGUCACCUUGGUAUAUGCUUCUGUUAGUCCUUUGUUGUGCACACUCACACACUCUGCACCUGUUUGUGUGUGUGUGUGUGUGUGUAUGUGUGUGUGUGUGUGUGUGUGUGCGUGCGUGCGUGCGUGCGUGCGUGCGUGCGUGCGUGCGUGCGUGUGUGUAUGUGUGUGCAGACUGAAGCCAUGGAGAAGAAGAGUCUGCGUCUGUGUGUGACCUUCCUGGAGCAGAUCGCCAAGAUGACCGGCAGUGUUGUGCUGGAGAUUUGUGCUGAGCAGUACAACCUCACUGACAAGGUGACGUUCAAAACUAUUCAAGGUCUUUCUAUAAAAGCUCAUUUUCUACUGCGGAUUGUUUCCAUUAAACUCUGUAUCCUAAUAUAUCAGCAGCUGCAGCUUGGCAUCGGUGGGUUUAGCUGCAGGCUGAGGACAGACUUGAGAAUUUGAAUAAAAGGAUAAGACGGAGUUGAAACUCUGGACUUGGUGAAUGUAGUGUUGUCUUUUUAAUCCCCUUGGGGAAAAUAUGAUGACGCUGUUUACUUUGUGAGUGCAAAACUCCCAUAUUUAUCUUUUCAGCUUGUUACUCAAUCUACGCUUGGCUGAAUUCCUUCCUUCUCUGUACUUCCUUCUACUCUCCUUCUUCCUUCCUUCUCUGUCUCUUUCCACUUGAUCCCUUCAGCUGCAGCCCAAACACUGUGCCGAGACCAUCAGCGCAGCUCGGCACAGGAAGCAGAAGAAGCCCAUGCCAAAGAAAGGCGAGGUCCAGAAAGAGAAGCCGGGCGCUGAGAGCUUGAGGAAAGACCGGACCAUCCUCACCAAGUUAGAUCCUCUUCUUGUUUCCUCGAUAAUCAGCAUCCUUUCUUCACUUCUCGGACUCUGUUUAUACCUAAAAGUGAAUGCAUACAGCCCUCUGAGAGCAUUUAUGUAAACAUAGAGUGUAGAGUAUUGAAUUAGCAAAGGUAAGAGUCGGGUUAAUUUGUUUUUUUAUCAAUAGGACUGCUUGAGCAUCUGCUGACACCUGAGAAUGAAUUUCCUCCUCACCCUCUGACACAUGUUUUUCCUGAAGACAUAGGAGGGUUUAAUCCUCCCGUCCACAGGCUGUUAUUUGUUCUGAGCUUUAUUGCCCAUCAAGUUGAGUCAGUCAGAGCUGACAGGUACUGAAUCAAGCUAUUAAAAAUAAGAAACAAAACGCCUCAGAGUAUUAAAAUAAACCCCUUUACUGGCAGGACAUUAAAUGUUGGCGUUUUCAUUGUUUUGAUUGUAUUCUUGGAAAGCUUCAUUUCACAAAUUAAAUCUGAAGAGUUGUUAUUCUGUCUCCCUCUCUCCUCUCAGUUUUCAUCCCCCUGUUGAAGUUUUUUUUUUAAGUCCUCUAUCACUUCAUUACCUUAUUUGACUGAGAGAAGCACAUCCAUACCACAGUCAUGGUCAAAAUAUUUUUGUUCAUGUUUUUACAUCCUCUCUUGUCUUCUCACUUUUCUCUCAGCGUGGACAAGAUGCACAUGAUGCUGACCGAGCUGUGCUCCACCUACGGCCUCUGCACAGACUUCGUGGUGUUCGAACACAUCGUUGUUACGACAGAGUUCCUCAUCUCUCAUCUGGAGUUACGCCUCUCUGAGUAUGUCCAGUGGGGAUGGGAGUAUCAUGGUUGGGUGGUGAAAUGAGUCCUAAGUUUUUACUUCUUUUAAUCUUAGUGUGCACACCAGAGUUUCUCAUGCCCUCCCAACAUCAGUAUCACUGUGUUUAUACAUCAGGUUAAAAACAAGACUUUAUAAAGAGAGUUUGCAAACUGAGCACAAACUGGAUAAUUGAUAAUAGUUUAUUUUUUUUAAACUUUAACAAAAAAUAUGACGUUAAUCCUGAGGGUACAGCAAAGCCACGGUUGUCUUAUGAUAUUUUUUUCUAAUCAUUGGAUUUCAAUAGUUACUUGUGAUUAAUCACAGUCUUUAUCAUGUUUACAGUGUUGUCAUGUUAGCAUCUUUCAUAGUUUUGCAUUUCUAAACAGCUUUUAGGUUCAUUUUAACAAUAUCAAACACAAUGUCUCUACUUUGGAAUCAGAUUUAGGCUUCAUGAACUGUAUUUUUAGAUUUAUUUCUUCGCCAGUGUGGUCUGAAAGCAUGACUAAGAGGCAGGUGAAAGCUUUAAAGUGCUUAUUCUGUGACAUACAGUCUUUAGUUGUUUAUAUGUCAAAGUAAAGGAGUAAUGUGCAGCUAGUCCACUAAGGUGUGCAUUUAUUCGGAUAUCUUUGACGUCAAAUGACCCAGAGUUCAUGUGACAGUAUUUGCAUUUUCAGAAGUUGUAGUCUGCGUGUCGUCUCUGUUUUGUUAACGUACCAAUCACAAACAAAUAUUCAUGUUUUAAUGAUACAAACAUGAAAAAUCAAGGUUAAAACCAAACAUUAGAGGACCCAGUCCCUCAGACCAGCCCACAAAGGGUCAGUUUUUCACCUUAAAAGUCACAGCUGUUGGAGGAAAGAACAGCUGGAAAGAGCUCAUGUGAACUUUAUGACCAGCAGGGGGAGUGAUAGAAGCACACAAUGUAACCACUUAACUUGUAGGUGGUAGCUCAAAUUUCAAGUAUCGCUCUAAGUGAUGUUUGAUUGUGUCUGACACAGGGUACAUUUUACUUUUGACCUGCUAACACAGAAACUAGGAAUUCAGUUUGAGGUGAAACAUGCCUUUCAAAAUCACAGUUAGUUUUCACAGCAGGAAGCAGAAAGAUGCUGCGGUGGCUCAGCUAUAGUGUCCUGUAAGGGACAAAAUAACACACACACACACAAAAAUCUUUAAUUCUGGACUUUAAUCUGAGUUCAAUAAACAUAUUAACACUGACUGGUAAAGGACGAGGGACAAAGCAAUAAAGUAGUUUUGUACAAAUAAAAAUAAUCAACACCAACAUGUUGUUUCAUAUUUUCAGGAGUAUGCUGUCUCUCUCUGUCAAUGUGUCGAUGCCUCUCAUUUUACCAACACGAUUCCCUCUUUCACAGCCGACUUUACUUCCAAACUCGUUGCCCGGAUGCCCUUAAGCCGACCUGAUCUGAAGAGCGGCUGUUAAAAUGUUAAAUACUCUGACCAGGACGUGACAGAGCUCCGGGAAACACUUGAAAAGCAUCGCGUGCUGCAUUUUCUUCCUCAUUCCCUAUCUGGCUCACAAUCCUAAAUCAUUUGGGCCUGGCCUCCUCCAUCACUAUUAUGAACUCUGCUUUUCUGUCUGAUUCCUGUGUCAGGCUGUGUUGCACCCACUUAAAAAUCCACGAAGACAUCCAUCAUGUCUCCCUGUAGUUCUGUGUCAUUUCAGCCAAUAUUUAGAUUAGAGGCUGGUACCGGGGCAACCUAAUGUUUCUGUGCGUGUGCUCUGCUUAUUCUCCCUGUUUUAGCUGAUGAUUAUCUCCCCUGUCACCCGAAAUGAAGCGCCCUUGAGUAGCAGCAUGCUAACAGUGACUUGGUCCUUGCAGUGCCAAAAUAGUAAAUACUGUCCAGAGAAUGUAGAGAAAAAUAAAUAAAAUUGGAGUGAGGCCGGGAGUAGUGAUUGUGCUGGCCUAAUGAGACCUAAUGAGAGUACAGUACCAUACCACCAUGGCUCGUUUAAUCAGUUCUGAGGUCCCAUCUGUCUGCUCUCAUUUCCCUGUGACUUGGUGAUAAGUGACGUUGGUUAAACAUGUUUCUCCAGGAUCAUCGUGAGAAUGGCAAAUUACAACCAGGCCACCCAGGAGAUAGCCCGUCCCUCGGACCUCCUAGCGGGGGUGAGAGCUUACACGGCGAGCCUGCACAGCCUCUCCAGCUACAUCAACGUGGACAUCGUCCGACUGGUGAAGAAUGUCCUGCUGCAGCAGACGCAGCCUCUGGACUCCAGGGGAGCACAAACCAUCACAACUCUCUACACAAACUGGUGUGUGUGAACUUUGAAUACAUUUAGUCAAAUAUAUGGUUAAUUAUUUAUCUAUUUAAAGCACUGAUAAGAAAAAGACAGACACAAAAGCCGGCGAUGGCGACAAAAGCACUUCCUCAUGGUUUCACUGUCUGCCUCAUUUCCUGUGUUACUUUUAUAAAACCUUGAAGUGAAGUCUGAGAAAGUUCUGCUUCGUCUGUGUUGUUUUCACCCUCAGGUACCUGGAAAGCCUCCUGCGUCAGGCCAGUAAUUCCCUCAUCGUUCACUGUCCCACGAUACAAUGCUUCGUCUACCAGAUGACUGACAAUGAACCACCUUUCAGAGCAGAGGAGUUUUCUGACGUCUCAGGUCUGCCCCACAGCUUUGUCACAGAAAUGUAACUCUAAAUGUGUCAUCAGUCAUUGUGUACCUUGAGGUACAAUUUUUGGUCACACUCAGAUGGUCUCUCUCAGUUUUAGUUAAAAAAAUAAGGGACGCUACUUUCUGCAUGUUCUUUUUGGGCAAGAGCGACUACCUCGGAUCAAAAAAGUCAAUUAAGAAAUGAGAUAAUUAUACAAGAAUUAAAGAUAAUUCACUAUUUCUCAGGGGCAGUUUGUUUUACAGCCAGGCGCAACCAUAGACUGUAUAUACUAUGGACGACUCGACUCCGCCUCUGUCAGUAUACGAAUUUGAAGCCAAAUUGCUCUCGGUAUUUCCUGUUUUUUUCUCCACUACCUGCAACCACCACUUGCGCAGUAGCGUUGUACGCACUUGGCAGGAGAGUCGCUGUGAUGACUCUCGACUCAAAUAGUGUAUCCCCCGGUGAUGUACGCAAUCUUCAUACGCCCAUAGGCUGUAUCAAGUGUCAAUAAUAGAAAACAUGAACCCCCUGAUAACUUUAAAAAAUGGAGCUGCAUAGAGGACUUGAGCACAAACCAGUCUGACAGUAACUACAUGUCAACAUCACUACCAAGGGGGAGAAAAACUUAUAUUCUGUGUAAUUAAUUUUCAAAGUUUGUCCACAACUCCAUCAGGAUUGCUGGAGGAGGCGGGAUUUAUGACCUAUACUGCAGCCCGUCACCAGAGGGUGCUGUUCUCGCUGUGGCAUUACCCAGCCCCAUAUAUUUUUGUUAUUUGAAGACAUUUUUGCAGAUGUGACAGAAUAAGGAAGAAAUUUAAAAUGUAUGGGUAUCCCAAUAUGACCAUUUGCAUUAAAACCUCACAAAAAAAAUCUUAAUUUAUCACAAAAAUAUGAAAUGAUGCAGUGUUAAUAUUCAGUGUCUUCUCACUCAGUGUGUAUAUUUGACCUGUUAAAUGGAGGCAUGAGUAUCGUGGUUAUGCUUUAACACCAUUUUGAUGCACUCAAAUGAAGCUUUAGCCAUCUGUCAGCUAACCCUCAGUUUAUUGGUGAUCAUUUAUUGAUUAAAAACAGCUUUUUGGAUGUAUCUUGGAUUUAGGAAAAACAUGCUGUGACUGACAAACAGAAAAUCAUGUACAACAUAAAUAACAGCAGAUAAACUGUAGACACUGUGAGUUAAUGUAGCAAAUUUACACUCUUUCAUAUUUAUUUACCUCACUUCUUUUAAAAUCCAGAAAUAUAUAUCACAGAAAGAAACUGUGUCUUUUUUUAUAGGCGUCACACGACUUGUUGAUCUGACACACCACAGACUGCUGUUCACGAGGAUGUGAAACCUGUUGGUGGUGUGUGGUGCUCUCAUUCGCUCUGCCUGGCUAGUAUAAAGCUCAGUAUUUCACGUUCUCCCCUCAGAGCUCCCCUCUAUGCCUCAUAUCUAUUCCAGCAUCACCAGUCUCUCCUCCUCACUGCCUCCGCACUCCUUUAUAGGAGCAGUGGAUCUCCUCAUGACUCUAUAAUUGCUAUAUUUACUCCACUCCACGCACAUGGUGCCCAGGAGUCCACCGCACUUCAAUAUACACCCCCCCUAACAACGCCAUCAUCGUUGUCUAUAUUUACCCUGCAGUGAGGUAUCUGCCUGCCUCACUGUGACUCACUCCUCCGUCCAUUAACCACCUCCAAUUUUAACCACACACGUCCUUAUCCAUCAUCAUUCAGGCAGAGUCGUUGAGCUGAGUGAAAGGUCUUAGAGCUGCGGUUGUGUCUCUCUCUCUCAUCGAUUCAGCUCCUCGCACAAAUCAGAUCUGAUCUGUGUCCUUUGUUAUUUUUGUCAGUGGCAGAGAUUGAGGCCUUGUACUGGAUUCAUGUUUAAAAAAAAACAAAAACUACGAACAAACAGUACACCUGUAUUUGAGCCUGCUGCUGCUGUUGUACUUUUCUGCAGUUAUUUUUUUUUAAUGCUUGACAUCUACGUCUUAUUAAGCCAUUAAUUAAAAAAGAAAAGAUGGAUGACAUGUCUCCACUUCCUCUCAUUGUACAAAAGUGAUGCAUGAAUGAAUCAGACGGCACAGCUUGGAAAGUUCAGCGACUUUUGUUCAGGCUCUUAAAGUUUUCUCUCCCUGCUUCUUCUCUUUUCAGUUUAUCCACGCACAGAACCACAGAAGCUCUUAAUUGAGCUGUUCAUCAUGCUGCUACAUCCCAUUUUAUCAUAUCACCAUUUUAUCAUCAUACUAAUGAAAAAACAAACUUAUAUAUUGCCUAUUUUGGAUUUAAAGUCUGAUCCAUGGUCCAUCUGUUGACAUGGAGAGGUUGCAGUUUAUCACAGAAGGCAAACUCUAAAUGUACAGACUUCUCCAUUUUCGAGCUCACAUGUCAUCCACCUUUAAUAUACUCUUUUUUUUUUGUCAUGUAUGUGAUCCCUAAAUCAUUUGUGUCAUUCUUUGAACAGAGUUACAGGCUCUGGCGGAGUUGAUCGGUCCAUACGGCCUGAAGUUUCUAAGUGAGAACCUGAUCUGGCACAUCACCUCUCAAGUCAGUGAAUUAAAGGUACAGUAAAUGCCGUGAAUAUUAUCUAAAGAGGCUGGUAAGGUCAGUGAGAAGUGGUCUGCUGGUUUAAAUUGAACCCUGAAUGUAAGUUUUCUUGUCUGGAGCAGAAAGAUUGUCCUACACUGAAAAAUUUCAGAGCAGUUACAUAAAAAGGAAAGAGUUAAAUUAAAAAAACUGUUAUGCCUUUAUGUUAUGCCAUGAUGUGGCUUUUUAAAUCACUGCUUUUUAACCCUCAUACACCUGAAUGUGUACGAAAGAGGAUUAGGGCCACAUGAAAAAGAAAUUAUAACUACAGGAAGGAGAUUAACAACGAUAUGUUGACAUUAAAGCUGAAAUUUCGAGAUUGAAGUUGACAUUUUGUGAUUACAAAAAUAUACAUUACAUAAGUAAAGUUGAAAUUUCGAGAUUAAAAGUUGAAAUUUCAAGAUUAAAAUCAAAAUUUGAGAUUAAAAAAAUCAAAAUUAUGUUAAUUACGUCAAAAUUUCUAGAUCAAAAACUUAAAUUUCGAGAUUAAAGUCAAAAUUUCGAGACUACAAAAUGUUGCGAAUAAUGUUGAAAUUUCGAGAUUAAAAUCUUGAAAAUUCAACUUUAUUCAUGUAGUUUCGAUUUUUUUUGAAUCUCCAAAUUUUGAUAUUAAUGUCGUUAUUUCUCUGUUUUUAUUUCGACUUUUUAAAAUUUCGACUUUGAUCUCUAAAUUUCGACUUUAAUCUUGAAAUGGAAAUUUAAAAAAAGUGUCCCUCCUGCAAUAUUGUUUUCUCUCCCAUUUUUUCUCUGCUUUUUUUUUCUCUUGUCCCUAGGCCAUUUUAUAACCUGUGAACUCUUGAUUUACAAGCUGCAAAGCAAGUUAGCUUUCAAUUCUGAGAGUAGCUAGUUCCCUUUUCUUCGUGUUCUGUUGGUGGCCUUUUUUUCUGGGUGAUAUUCUGAAUUUAAAAAAGUUACAGCUCUCACAAAGUUAGUCAAAUUUUUAAUACAGUUGAAACAUAAAAGGUGAAACUUUCCUUUUAAAAUACAGAAAUCCUUCUGCAGGUACGCGGCUGAAACUGUGAGCCUCAAAGUUAUCUAGUCAAACUGGCGUAUCUCUUUAAUAACAGUUGAUCUUCAUGUACAAAAAGCUGCUGACUUCUUCUGCACUUUUCACACUUCCAGCUCUGACACCUGAGAUUGAAGAAAGGAGCUGCAGCUGCAGUUCUGAACUCACUGCUGACAGAUCCGUCAAAGACAUGACCUCUCCAUAAUAACUCCCGCAUCAAGGUGGUUCUAUCACUUAUUAUUUUAUCUCCCUCGUCCUUUGUCAGAAACUGGUGAUUGAGAAUAUGGACGUCCUGGUGCAGAUGAAGAACAACUAUGAUAAGCCAGAGGAAAUGGCCAUCCUGAAAAAGAGGCUGACAGGUGAGAAGUGGAGAGGGGAAUGUGGGACGAGAUAAGAAGAGGAGAUGUGAAGAAAGAGGAAGGAGGUUGAAAGGGAAAGUAAUAGAUAAAAAGUGUAGGCGCAGAGAAAUGCAGACAGGUUGAGAUCAGGUGAUGACGGAAGUACAAAGAGCGGAGAAAGAACACGAUGUUGGCAAAGAGACGCGGUGGGAAUCAAGGGAGGAGUACACAAGAUGAAUCACUCCAUGCUGAAGCCAUCAUCAAUUACACCUCGCUUAAUUUUCUUGAGCUAGCCAGCAGAUCAGAGGGUCCUUAUCUUUUAUGUUCGCUAUUUCAUUCACGCAUAUAUCAUACAAAUCUAGGUCACUAAUCAAGUUUGAGUAAUUCGAAAAAAGGGGAGUUAAAAUGGUCUUAUAUAUUUUAAAUUAUGGGCAACAGAGUGCAUGGAUUAAAGCGCAAAUAACCAUCAGAGCUGUCAUGCACUUGAAAGCAAUAAUUUCAUCUGCUCUGUAAUGACAUGUUCUCAUUAAUUAAUACUCUACUAGUUACUCAUUAUACAGUCUGUGCUUCAAACACACAAGCUUGACUGCUUUAAACACAGCAGACAUGUUUCUUCUGUACUUGCAGGAGGGGAGAACGUGCUGAAGAGGAUGACCAUCAUCGGAGUGAUCCUGACCUUCAGAGCCAUGGCACAGGAGUGCCUCAAAAAUGUAACGACCAACCUGACAUCUUCUUUAAAUACUCUUAACAGUAGUGAUGUGCUGAUAAUAAUGUUUGUAAUAUAGUGCAGACACAGACAAAAAGAGCUGCUUGAACUAAAGGAGUUAAAGUUAAGGCUCAUUUAUGCUCAACGUUACAUACAGAUUGGGAUACGGACAAAGCUCUCCGUCUGUGCUUCGUGUUAUUAACGUCCGUAUUUCUGCAUGUAUCCUUGAAGUUUACUGAUACAGGCCAGAUGGAGCAGUACCACCGCAAACCAUGGGGGCAGUGUUGUUGCUGUCACUACCUGUCAGACAUCCUGAAGUACUGAAAAUGACGAUCCUCAUCAAUUUCUCUCAUCAGUACUACUAGAGAAAAAAAUUCUCCGUCCUCCAACUUUGAGGCAUUCAGUGACCUGACCGACCACCGCCUCCUCCAGCACUGUCUCAGUUUCUGCCUCCUUUGAAAAUAUCCAUUAUCACUAGCUCCUCCACAGUCGCCUUGUUUCUUUUUUUAUUGUUGUCAGAAAUGUUUGACUCUGGCCUGCCCCCUGGUGGAUGUAAUGCUUAACAUCCAUGCCUACGUAAAGGACGCAUGGAAGUAUGUGGGCAGUCUGAAAUGGACGUGUACAUUUUCAUACAAAUGGCGGGCAUAAAUGAGCCUUUAGAGCGAGAUUUGUUUGCUGUGUUAGCUUUGUAGACGUCAAAAUAUUCUGAUUUGACCUCAUCAUUUUCGUCUUUAGUCUUGAGAAUUGAGAUUACUUCAGUUUGAUAACCUCAGGUCUUUUGUAAGGAUAUAUUUUUGUCAUUUGUCAACUCAAGUGUGAAUAAGAAUGGCAAAUUUGUAUAUAUUUUUUUCAAAUCCAAUUGAGACAAAUAAGACAAUCAAUGUUCAUUGUGUUCAGAUGUCAAUCUCUUGUAAUAACAAGGAGAAACCUUCUUUUACUGCUAUAAAAGUCAUUCUGUUCUGAUGUAUGAUCAUAUUAAUACUGGUUCUUAUUAUCCUGCAAUCUAGAUCCUGCAAAAGCAUUGUCCGUACAUGAUGGGACCCAUCGAGUACCUGAGAGACCUCAUUUCCCCAGAAGUUGACAUCAAGGUAAAACAGCCUUUAGAGUGUAAAGAAAGUGCUGUACUCGUGUUUUCACUGUGCAUGAUUUACCCUGUCAGAGUUUAUCAGUGUUAAAUCAACAGUUUAUUUUCACUUGCUGAACAUACUGUGAGAAAAAAAAUCCAGGUUGAAGGCAUACUAUAUUUAUGUUUGUCAAAAUGAAUUAGCAUGAACGACUUUAGGGUGUUGACUUAUUGCCAUCAGAGAUUUUGAAUGUAAAGUAAGCUGUAGCACGAUGUGUGGCACUGUGUCAUUUAGGUCUGAGUGGGUGAGUUGCAGAGAAACAAUUUUAUUUUUGUGUCUCCAGCACCAACCAAAUUAAAUUCCUUAUCUCCCCAUGGAGCCAUCAGUGUGACUGUGGCUCAUGAACUCCCCCUCCUUGACUUACGUCUGGCCUCUGAGUGAGGCAUGACAGCCGUGCCACAGCCGAGGCCAGGAUAACCCCAAAGACGUCAGCAGCCCCCUCAUGCCUCUGUGAGAGUGAGACUCUGCUGGUCGCUGCAGUUCUGCACUCUCAACCACAUCAGUGGAAACUUUCUGCCCAGACGGGCCAACCAUGCGUGCAACCAGAAAUAGGGCGAGAUCAAAACCUGUGUGUCAACAAGGAGACACCCACCAUUGAUUUAACGUCACACAGCAAAGAGUAUGUCAUGUUUGGGGUAACUACAUCAAAUGCCAGGCACAGAUGAGCUGCUUUGCUGACUUCAUGGUGUUUCCCAGCAGUAGAAGUCUUUUUUUUUUUUUACCAUUUUAAAGGUGAAUAGAUAUUAAAUGAACUUUUUAUGUCUUAAAAGAAAAAUCAACCAAAGUCCUCUGACUGUGAAAGUAUAAAAAGUUUGUUUUAAUCCAAGCUUGAGAUAUUUCUGCAAACUUCAGGUUUGAUUGAGGCGUGGUUAAGCUCAGACAUUUCUCAUUGUUGCAGCCUUCACCACUCUUUUUACAUUUUUUGAUGAUUUAUAUAUACUGCUUAAAAGUCCCUCUGAUAUUAUGAUUGGUAACAUUUCCAUGGCAGCAGAUUUUUAUCAGCUUACUUGUGGGAAAAAUCAGCAUUUAACUGACGUCAUGGCUAAAAUAAAACACGUACCUAUUCAUUUAUGACAAUUUACAACGAACAUUUCCACUGAAAGCAAUGCAAAACAAGGUGAAUUAGACUUGAUAGGAACAUUUAAUUACUUCAUUUAGCGUCACUCUCUUCUCCAGAUUGAUUUGAUGGGCAGUGUUGAGCAUAAACAUGUUCAAACUAUGAAAACUAUCUCACUCACACUGUAUUUUAUGAAGCAGAUUUUCCCCCUCUAUUUGUGAGCUGAACAUUUAGCCAAACAUUCAGCCAAAAAACUAUAGUUGUAUGUGUUUGUAGGAGGCUCUACAGAUAAAACAACUAAAACUAAUGAACAUAAAGUAGCUCACAUUGAAGACAGUCAACUUAGCUCAAAAUUUAAACAAUGAAUGAUGAAUGUGAAGCCAGAUUCUCAGACGCUUCAAUCCUCCCUUUUUCCCAGGUGACUCUGAGUGUUUUUGAGCUGGCGUCUGCGGCUGGUCUGAACUGUGACAUCGAUCCUGCCCUCGUCGCCGCCAUCGGCAGCAUGCAGACAGGUAACACUGAAAGUAUAAGUGCCAUUUCUGCAGACGGAGAGCUAGAAGGAGGCAAAAAAAGAGACUCUUUUCACCACUCAAUGGUUUCUUUGCAGAUAACACGUCAAUAGAUGAGGAGUACAAGCUGUCCUGUUUGCUGCUGGUCUACAUUGCCGUUUCCCUGCCUACCCUGGCCCUGGACCCCAACUCUUUUUACAGCCGGGAGCAUGGAGGUGCAUAUUCAUUCACUCAUUUUCAGCUGCUACUAAGUGCUUGACAGUAAUAGCUCUCCAGACAGCCCUUCACCAAAUGCUAAUCACUGCUUCCUCCAGUGAUUACUCACCCGCUGCUGAUAGUGUAUCAAAACAGAGCUCCACCCUGAAACACAAGGCCUAUUAGCAUCAUCAGCGUGUUUCCAUUGAAACUGAUGUGGUCGGAAGCAAAGUAUGGUGCUUAAUGAGAAGCACAUUUUGUCUGAGAGACUUUUGUUUAUAGAUAACUCGGGCUGACGUGCAUUGUUACAGUUACUCUUGGCAUGUGGCCCCAAACUUUUGGCCCCAAGCCUGGACUACAAUGUUCAGAGGGCAGUGGAGAUUUCUAUCAAAGAACAGGGCAACGUUAGCCUCUGAUUAUUUUACUUUGUCUCUAUUUUCCAUUGGCAUGUUUGAAAUAGAUUUACCCCAUGAGCCCUAAGAAGAAGUAUGCCCAGUAUGUUUCCUCUUUAAGUGUUUCGCAUCAUUUAGGAAAUUUUCUCUGAUUGUCAGAACUUGGUUAUCUCUCACUUCUAUUUCUUAGAGGUAAAUUUGUCUUACUUUUAUUUUCUCAGGCCACAACAACAACAUCCACUGUUUAGCUGCAGCCGUCAACCAGCUGGCCGCCGCCAUGUUCACGGUGCAGAGCAAGAACAUAGAGCAGCACCUCAAAGAGUUCCUCCUGGUGAGCGGCAAACACACAAUAACACAGAUCACUCUGUCCCUGUCUUUGAUCCAUGUCAGGCCAGAAGACGAUGCUCUGUUUCAUCGUCUCGCCUUAUAAUUGUAUAAUACACUCGAGGCCUCUUUUACACUCUGACACAUGACUGAAGUGUUCUUCCAAGGGAAUCAGGUGCAACAUGAGUGAGGCUAAUGAUAGAGGUGUUGCAUCUGAAGGCCAGUGCUUCCAGGUGAACAAAGUGUGCUACAAGGUGGAAUUUGUGCUCAGAGUUCAAAAUGAUACCAGUGGAGUUUUCCUUAGAUUUUAACAAUUUGGAGUCUUUAGUAGUUAGAAACAGUGGUUAAAGUGGCUUUUGUAAGGAGAGGGAGCCCUUCUUCACUCAGCAGCCAUUAUCUUUCUCCUAUUUUGAAAAAUUUUAACUCAAAUUUUGAAAAGUUUGUGACAAUUUAAUACCUAAAGAAAAGAUGAGAAAAUCCCUUUUUAACUGAGAUGUGGAUAUUUGAUAUAUAAGCCUUUAAGGUGGGUAUCUAUGAGAUUCGAUUCUACAUUGAAAAAAACAAACAGUUAAAAAAAACAAGCUUUUCCUCUCGUAGAGUCUGUUUUCCACAAACUGAUACGGUUCAGUAUUUUCCCAGGUCAUCAUCCUAAUCUCAAAAACUCCCUUGAGGUCAGUUGUGUUUUUUACUGCUGCGGUCACAGCUCUCUCAGAAAACGGUCACACUUUUGAAACAAUGCUUAUCAUUGUCGUUUAAUCAUCUGCAAACAAUCGAAUCAGCACUAAGGAUUGAAGUUUGUCCAGUGAAGAAAUGAACCACACUUUUUUUCAUUUCCAGGAUGCAGUUUCCAGGUCUUGAACUGCUGCUGAUGUGACAGCACAUUUUAUGUAAUUUGAUUGUCUUUAACUUUACUUUGAAAAUUUCCUAGAAUUACAGCAAUGAUCGAGCGUUUUGAAACAGAUUUAACUUUCACUGCAGAUGUUCGCACAAUGGCUGAAGGAUAAUUUCAUGACCUGUAUUAAAUACUGAGGAGAAGCAUGCUAAAAUGGCCAUGAAUGGACACAGAUCAUUAAGGACUAGCAAACAAUCUCGGAAAGGCAACAAACAUGACCGCCAUGUGAUAACAGAUACACUGGUUUUUGGGCACACGGCUCGAAAACAGAAUUCCAGUUGAGGAGCUUUCUCAAGCUCACAGCUAAAGUUGACCCUCCGUUUAGGUCAAGUCCAUCAACUCAAAAAUGCUCUGCCGCUCUAAACUCUGUGUGAAUCCACAGCUGGCCUCCUCGACUCUGCUUCAGCUGGGACAAAACGUGGAGAGAAUCGAGAGCAAAAACAGAGAGUCCGUCUACUUGCUCCUACACAUGGUAGGUCUACCAGUACUAAUUGUGUAUUUUCAAAUUAACAGGAGGUGGGUAAACCUUUCGCCCUUCAUUAAUUGGGUUUUUUCACAACUCUAAACCCUCACGCUGACAGUGUUUCCCGUAAUGACUUAUUUCUUAUCUUGGAAGCGCUCAUAAAUUAAUCGUUUAUGAGGGCAUCUUAUUAACCCUUUAUGGUAAAAGGGCAUUUUAAAGCGGGACUAUUAUCCCGUAUGAAUGGAAAGGGCUCAAUAGAGAAACUCAGCACACACUUAAGUAUGAUUAAUGAAUAUAAAUCACGUUAAUUAACAGCCUUUAAAAACACAAAGAGUAUUUUACAGUAGCCCCUGUUAUGGAGAUUACAGUAAAGCUUUCUAUAAUAUAUCUGAUUGAAGAUUGUUGAUAAAGAAAACCUUGAUAAACUCAGAAUAACUUCGAUCUACAUGAGUGAGCUGAUUUAGUGAGUGAUAGGUUCCUUCAUUUCUGCGAAUAUGACCGCUGUGGUUUGAAUCCAGACUGUACUCACCAAAAUGACAUUGCCUCUCUGCCAUAACAGUGAAGCCAAGAGUAUUUUAAACCUGAACUCUUCUUUGGAGCCAGCAGCUUUGGCAGGACAAAAUACUACUGUGUGUUAUAGGAAAUUGUCCCUUUUUGUAGGACCUUUUUCAAAGGAUUUUUCACCUUAUAUGAAGCUCAAAAUCUUUCUAAAUUGAACACAGAAAGAGAGUAUCUUUGAUUAUGGCCUCAUUCAGUUGGACAAAAGGUUAUUUUUCUUGGCACGGCCACUUUUGUUUGACAGACUUCCUUUAACUGCGACCUCUAAAUCAGGAAAAGGGUGAUUCUAUCCUCUCUUCCAAAGAUGGUCACUUCUGAGUCCAAAAACAAAUGAAUGACUUCGGAAAUGCCAAACUUUGGCUUCAAUGCAGUGUUCCUUAAAGCUCCUAUUAGUAACUUCCUAUUUGUGUUGAUUUUGGCGCCCCCUGUGGACAAAGUGCUGCCUCUAAUGUCUUUGCAGAUCAAAUAAAACCUAAUCCUGUCGUCUAUAAUAGUCAAGUUUAUGUGGAUGCAUGUAAACAUGUAUCCGUCAGUCUUUUGCUGAUGGUCUUGUUUGCUUUUGUGAAACAUGAAAAGGUGUCACAGUUACCCCCAAUCUCCACGGCACCCGGACGGCUCCAGUGUGGAACGGCAGCAAUUUUUGCCGUUUGUCAAUUUCUACCAGAUGCGUUUGUGAGGGUUGUCUCUAUAAAGACAUAACCAUACAAGCAGCAGAUUGUGUCCCUCCAGAGGAGGAAAUCCACUUCUAGACUUCUAAAAUCAGCAUCUCCUCAUCCAUGAUGUCAGUGGGGUAAAAUGACGUCUGAAAACCUUUCACUUGUUCGUCCUCGCCCACUUUUGCAUGGUGUGAAAUAUGAUCCGCCGAAACACUGAGUGUUUUAUUUUGAAAAGAAGCCGGAUGUUUUAUUUUGUGUCUGGCCCCUACUUCCUUUCCAGCAUGGGUUAAUCUGUGCUGAAUUUAUGCGGCAUGCUGCGGCGUCCAGAAAAAUAGAACCCUGGCAAUCAACAGUAGAGCCCACUGAACCGACAGAAUGAAGCCGAUGGAUAUUGAUACAUUAAGUUAAAUGGAAACGAUCAGCUGCGAUCGGUGCAGACGGCCUUUUUCGCCGCCAUUAAGGAUGUGGUGGAAAUUGGGGGUUAAAAUGAUUCUGUUCCAUAACCAGCCAAAAACUCCCCACAGGAGCUUUAAUUGAAAUGUUAAUUCAUUCUUUUUGUCAGCCUCCUUAACUCUCAAACUGUCUCAUUCAAAACCUAAAACAAUUAAUUCAUAGUUUAAAUUUGUUUCAAACAGAUGGCCGCCUCUCAAUACUGUCCAUCUGUUCUGGGAGUUAUAUAACAAUGAUUUAACUUUAGAAAGUUUUGUCUUCAGAAUGAAAGUCCUAACAAUCAGAAAAGUAAAGUGUAACUUUUAUUUCUUAUCUUUCAUUCUCUCAGAUUGUGGAGCAGUCUCCGUUCUUGAGCCAAGACAUGCUGGAGAGCUGCUUCCCCUACGUUCUGCUCCGAAACGCCUACAGGGAAGUGUACAAGUCCUUCAUCGUCACUCUGGGUUAAGGACGUUAUUAAACUCUUGAAUCUCUAUUUUACCUUUAUCAUGUAAAUUCGUAUUAUAUUGACGUUUCCACCCGGUGGCUUAUUCACCCGGCUUUGUUUGGUCACAUCAGGUGAAGCAUGGCCUCAGAUGUUUCUGAUAAGGCUUUCUAUGAGUCAGCACUUUCUCUGUAUGCAUGAUUCAGAAGACCUGCCCUAGUUUCACACAUUUUACACUCUGUAAAACUGCUUUCACUCUGCUUUUUGGUUGGUAUUGUAUCGUAGAUUGAGGACUAUUUUAUUUCAGAUGAAAAACAGCAAAGUUUUCAAAUCUUUCAGAGUCAAUUGCAUUUCAUGAGACUUUUUAUAUAUAGCCUGUUUUAUUAAUAGUCGGUGUUUUACAUGUUUCCUACAAUGUCUUCACAAAUAAACAUGCUGAUAAUGAACUGUU